GGUGACUUCAUGUAGAGAGAGACAGAGAGAGAGGGAGAGAGAGAGAGAGAUACGGUUACAGAAAACGAUCAAUCCCUGAACGAGGCAGGUCGUCUCCCUCUCAGCAUCUGACGGAGAAGAUGCUCUGCGCGUCCGGAUGACUUUACAAAGCUGCAGCGCGUAGAAUAAAUGAACCGGUAGUUUGUCUCGCUGUAUUUGGCGUCCACACAUAUUCACUGACUGACUGACUGACUGACUGAGAAAUAACCGGAUCUGUGCUAUUCAUGAAAGAGUCUCCUCUUAUUUCAAGAAUGAUGUGAAGAUCACUCGAAGAGGACGAGACCGCACUCAUCUUUUUCAGCGCUCCUUGGUAACACGGGAUCCCAGGUGUUUUGUCUGAGCUCGGUAUUUUUUUGGAGCCCACUUGGGGAUGGGAACGUGCUUGGAUAAAGGAUGGACUUACUGCGGCCGCACUAAAGGUCACCGUCCUCUAAAGGUCAUGUCAUGGCCCCUGGCACUGUGGCUAUUGACUCUAAUCUCUGUGAAUCAAAAGACGACUGUCGGACAGACUCCGAACACCUUCCAAUCAGAGAGGAGGGAGUGGUCGCUGAACCACCUGACUGUGCAUCAGUCCACUGGAGCUCUGUACAUCGGAGCCGUCAACCGAAUCUACAAGUUGUCAUCUAAUCUCACCCUCCUGGUGUCCCACGAUACGGGCCCGGAGUAUGACAACAAAGCGUGUUAUCCACCGCUGAUUGUCCAACCCUGUUCCGAGCCUCUUGCCUCCACCGACAAUGUCAACAAACUGUUGCUUGUUGACUACUCUCACAACCGGCUGCUGGCCUGUGGGAGUCUCUACCAGGGCGUCUGCAAGCUGAUGAGGCUGGAUGACUUGUUCAUCCUCGUGGAGCCCACACACAAGAAAGAACACUACCUGUCCAGUGACAACCAAACAGGGACGAUGUACGGGGUUGUUGUGCCCUCGCAGGGCCAGGAUGCCACUCUGUACAUCGGCACGGCCGUCGGCGGCAAACAGGACUACUUCCCAACUAUCUCCAGCCGCAAACUGCCUCGUGACCCAGAAUCCUCUGCCAUGCUGGACUACGAGCUUCACACUGACUUUGUUUCCUCUCUUAUUAAAAUCCCCUCAGACACGCUGGCUCUUGUCCCACACUUUGACAUCUACUACAUCUACGGCUUCGCCAGCGGCAGCUUCGUCUACUUUAUGACUGUCCAGCCGGAGACGCCCGAGAACGGGAUGCCCGCUGGCGGCUCACCUGGCGACCUGUUUUACACUUCCCGCAUCAUCCGCCUCUGCAAGGGCGACAAGAAGUUCCACUCGUAUGUGUCACUUCCUGUGGGGUGUGUGCACAAAGGUGAGGAGUACCGUCUGCUGCAGGCAGCUUACCUAUCCAAGGCCGGCAGGGUUCUGGCAAAGUCGCUUAACAUCAGCGCCCAGGAGGACGUGCUCUUCGCCGUGUUCUCCAAGGGACAGAAGCAGUGCCACGACCCCCCGGAUCACUCCGCUCUCUGCGUCUUCACCAUCCAAGACAUCAAUACACGCAUCAAGGAGCGGCUGCAGUCCUGCUACCAGGGAGAGGGGAACCUGGAGCUGCACUGGCUGCUGGGAAAGGACGUGCAGUGCACCAAGGCGCCUGUUCCCAUCGAUGAUCACUUCUGUGGCCUGGAUAUAAACCAGCCCCUGGGGGGUUCCCAGCUGGUGUCGGGUCGGACGUUGUACACAGAGAGCAGGGAUAGGCUGACCUCUGUCACCUCCUACAUCUACAACGGACACAGUGUGAUCUUCCUGGGGACCAGGAGUGGACGGCUGAAGAAGAUCAGAGUGGACGGCCCUCUGGAGGGAGGCGUGCUGUACGAGACGGUGACCGUGAUGAAGGAUAGCAGCCCCAUCCUCCGGGACAUGGCCUUCUCCCUGGACAGGAACUCUCUCUAUGUCAUGUCUGACAAUCAGGUGGCUCAGGUCCCUGUGGAGGCGUGUGAGCAGUACGGUACAUGUGCUGAGUGUCUGAGCUCUGGUGACCCCCACUGUGGCUGGUGUGUCCUGUACAACAUGUGCUCGAGGAGGGAUCGGUGUCUGAGGGCGGAGGAGACCUUCCGUUUCGCCACUGACAUUGACCGCUGUGUGAAGGUUAUCGCUCACCCGGACAGCAUUGCUGUAUCAGCACAUAGCGUCCCUCUUCUGCUGGAGGUGAAUAAUGUUCCAGACCUUUCUGCUGGAAUCACCUGUUCAUUUGGCCAGCAGGCCCAAGUGGAGGGUCACGUCAACGGGAACAGGGUUAUGUGUCUGUCCCCAGCUGGGAAAGAGGUCCCUCAGAUACCAGAAGGACAAGACUGGGCUGGUGUAGAGCUUCGUCUGAACUCAAAGGAGACGGGUCAAAUGGUCGCCAGCACAGAGGUGAAGUUCUACAACUGCAGCACCCAUCAAACGUGUCUGUCCUGUGUAAACAGCACUUUUCGCUGCCACUGGUGUAAAUAUCGCAACCUGUGCACCCACGACCCCAGCAGCUGUUCUUUCCAGGAGGGCCGAGUCAACGCCUCUGAGGACUGCCCUCAGCUCCUUCACUCUGGGGAAAUCCUCCUUCCGGCCGGCGAGGUCCGACCCAUCACCCUGAGGGCCCGCAACCUUCCACAGCCGCAGUCGGGCCAGCGGGGCUACGAGUGUGUGGUGCACGUGCAGGGUGUCAGCCACCGUGUCACGGCGCUGCGCUUCAACAGCACCAGCGUGCAGUGCCAGAACAGCUCGUACAUGUACGAGGGUGUGAAGAUCAGUGACCUGGCGGUGGACCUCUCCAUUGUAUGGAACGGCAAUUUCAUCAUCGACAAUCCCGAGAAGAUUAAAGCGCACCUCUACAAGUGCAGCGCCCAGCGGGACAGCUGUGGCAUGUGUCUGCGGGCGGAGAGGAAGUUCCAGUGCGGUUGGUGCAGCGGUGAGGGCCGGUGCACCAUGAAGCAGCACUGUCCUCCCAUCUCUCCCUAUGCUAGCCGCUGGCUGGACCUCUCUGCCAGGAAUGUCAAGUGUACCAACCCACGCAUUACUGAGGUGAGCCCAGUGGCAGGACCUCUGGAGGGGGGCACACUGGUCACCAUCCAGGGCCUGAACCUGGGCCUGUCCUUCUCUGAGCUGGUGGGCAACGUGGAAGUGGCGGGUGUGCAGUGCACCCCACAGGAGGACGGAUACAUCACUGCAGAACAGAUUGUGUGUGAGAUGGCUGCGGCUUCUAAAGGAAGCGCUCCAGGUCCAGUUAAGCUGUGUGUUGGCGAAUGCAGACCAGAACUACGAGCGCAGUCUUCCCAGCUCUACUCCUUUGUGACCCCUUCAAUGCUGGCACUGACCCCAGGCAGAGGACCUGAAUCUGGGGGCACUAAGGUCACCAUUGUCGGGGAGAACUUGGGCGCUGGCAGCACUGUUAAUGUGUACUUUGGUAAUCAGACCUGCGAGCUAUACAGGAGGACCAUGUCGGCGAUUGUGUGCUUCUCUGCUCCGUCUGUGACGAGAGCCGGACCGGUGCAAGUCAGUUUGAGUGUCGACCGAGCCAGAGUUCCUGAGAGUCUGGCCUUUGAGUACAUAGAAGACCCCACAGUCCAGCGCAUUGAACCCCUGUGGAGCAUCACCAGUGGACACACCACCCUGACAGUGACUGGGACCAACCUGGAUGUGGUUCAGGAGCCGCGCGUCAGAGUCAAAUAUGCCGGCCAUGAAUCUGUCAAUGUGUGCAAAGUGCUCAACACGACCACCAUCAGCUGCUUCGCCCCCUCUCUGAAGGCGGAGUACACCGCGGACCAGGAGACGGUCAAACACGUGGACGAGUUUGGCUUCGUCUUCAACAACGUCCAGGCUCUGCUCACUUACAACAACACAAGCUUCGUCUACUACCCCAACCCUUACCUGGAACCCCUCAGUCUGACAGGUGUUCUGGAGCAGAAACCAGGAGCUCCGAUCAUACUCAAAGGACGUAACCUUGUGCCAUCUGCAUCUGGAGGAGCCCGGCUGAAUUACACGGUGCUGAUUGGAGAUACGCCCUGUUCUGUCACCGUGUCCGACACUCAGUUACUCUGCGAGCCACCAAACCUCACCGGGCAGCACAAAGUCCUGGUCCAAGUAGGGGGACUCCACAUCUCUCCAGGAGAAGUUCACAUCCGGUCCGACAGUCUGCUCACCCUUCCUGCCAUCUUCAGCAUCACAGCUGGAGGAGGGCUGCUCCUCAUCAUUGUCAUUAUAGUCCUGCUGGCCUACAGACGCAAGUCCCAUGAGAACGACCUCACUCUGAAGCGCCUGCAGAUGCAGAUGGACAAUCUGGAGUCCAGAGUGGCUCUGGAGUGCAAGGAAGCCUUUGCAGAGCUGCAGACGGACAUCAACGAGUUAACGAGUGAUCUGGACAGAGCCGGCAUCCCCUUCCUGGACUAUCGCACUUACGCCAUGAGGGUCCUCUUCCCCGGCAUCGACGAUCACCCCGUGCUCAGAGAGCUGGAGUUGCCGGGGAGCGGACAGGCGAGCGUGGAGAAGGCCUUGAAGCAGUUUGCUCAGCUGGUGAAUAACAAGGUUUUCCUGCUGACAUUCAUCCGCACGCUGGAGCUGCAGCGCUCCUUCUCCAUGCGUGACCGCGGCUACGUCGCCUCGCUCAUCAUGACCGCUCUGCAGGGGCGGCUGGAGUACGCCACGGACAUCCUCAAACACCUGCUCUCGGAUCUUAUAGAACGCAACCUGGAGAGCAAGAACCACCCCAAACUACUCCUCCGCAGAACAGAGUCGGUGGCGGAGAAGAUGCUGACAAAUUGGUUCGCCUUCUUGCUCCACAAAUUUCUCAAGGAGUGUGCUGGCGAGCCUCUCUUCAUGCUGUUCUGUGCCAUCAAACAGCAAAUGGAGAAGGGUCCCAUAGACUCCAUCACUGGAGAGGCGCGCUAUUCCCUCAGCGAGGACAAGCUCAUCCGACAGCAGAUUGAAUACAAGACGCUGACGCUGAGCUGUGUGAACCCAGACAAUGAGAACAGCCCAGAAAUCCCUGUCAAGGUGCUCAACUGUGACACCAUUACCCAGGUAAAGGAGAAGAUCCUGGAUGCGGUGUACAAGAACAUGCCCUACUCACAGCGACCACGGGCUGCAGACAUGGAUCUCGAGUGGCGGCAGGGCAGGACGGCCCGUGUGGUCCUGCAGGAUGAGGACAUCACCACCAAGAUAGAGAGUGACUGGAAGAGACUCAACACGCUCAUGCACUACCAGGUGUCUGAGCGCUGCGUGGUGGCCUUGGUGCCCAAACAGAUGUCCUCCUUCAAUAUCCCAUCCUCAGCCAGCUUCCCACGCAGUAUCAGCAGAUACGGUGUAGACGUUCCCUUCCGCUCCACGCCCACCAGCCCGGACAGCCCCCACUCCCGUGUGCCCAUGCUGACCCCUGACCUGGAGAGCGGAGUCAAAGUUUGGCACUUAGUCAAGAACCACGACCACGGGGACCAGAAGGAGGGCGAGCGCGGCAGCAAGAUGGUCUCUGAGAUCUACCUGACGAGGCUACUAGCAACGAAGGGCACGCUGCAGAAGUUUGUGGAUGACCUGUUCGAGACCCUGUUCAGCACUGUGUGUCGGGGGACCGCCCUGCCUCUAGCAAUCAAAUACAUGUUUGACUUCCUGGACGAGCAGGCCGACCGGCACGGCAUCCAUGACAUGGACGUUCGUCACACUUGGAAGAGCAACUGCCUGCCCCUGCGCUUCUGGGUAAAUGUGAUCAAGAAUCCCCAGUUUGUGUUUGACAUCCAUAAAAACAGCAUCACGGACGCCUGUCUGUCUGUGGUGGCCCAAACCUUUAUGGACUCCUGCUCAACAUCUGAACACCGUCUGGGCAAAGACUCGCCCUCCACCAAACUACUCUAUGCCAAGGACAUACCGCAUUACAAAAGCUGGGUAGAAAGGUACUACGCUGACAUCAACCGCCUGCCUGCCAUCAGUGAUCAGGAUAUGAAUGCCUAUCUGGCUGAACAGGCCCGCCUUCACUCCAGUGAGUUCAACAUGCUCAGUGCCCUCCAUGAGAUCUACGCUUACGUCAGCAAGUACAGCCAAGAGAUCAUUGAGGCACUGAAGCAGGAUGAACAGGCCCAGAAACAGAAGUUGGCGUAUAAACUGGAGCAGAUCAUCUCAGCCAUGUCUAUAGAGAGCUGAGACACACACACACACACACCUACUUACACAACCAAACACUACACACACACUGAAACAUACUAUACGAUGAGUUAUGAGCCCGUCGGCAACACGCGUGGCACUCAGAUGUGCACGUGAACACACACAUUAUGUAUGCACGCACGCAUAUACUGACGUACACAGACUUAAUGGACCUACUGUAUAAACAAAGACAACAAAGAGAUUCAUAUACAUGCAUAAAUACACACAUACAAAUGUACAUACACGAACCACAGCACACAGAUCGUCCCAAAGCACGACUUUUGAGUCCAAUGUCAUCGUUUCUUUUUUCAGAAGAAACUCCAACAGGCAAACACCCAACUUCUAAAAGGCUCCUAUAGAGAGAGACAGAAAGAGGAUUUGGGCCAUCACGGCUGCUGAAUUUGCAGCCAAUUCUUUUCCGCUGGGUAAUGGUUUGUCUUUGUAGUGGGUGCUUAUAUUAAAUGUGUGUGCGCGGCAAUGGCUGGAGCUCUGAAGAGAACAGCAUUUAAUAAAGAAUGACUCGACUUGAAAAAAAGUCACUGGAGGAGCUCAACAAAGACAGGAGCCAAUUUAAUGGGACGGCACAUGUGGCGAGGCGAGACUCACAGUACUUUUUAUAUGUCAAAGAUGAAGGACAUUUAUUCGCACUACAUAUCACGGGCUUGGAGUGACAUCGCCAUUUGGAGCAGAGAUGUGUAACUUUGUGUUUGUUAAGCCUUUUCCUAUUGCCUUUUAAAGGCUUAAAAAAAGACUCUGGCAUCAUUACUUUUCAUUUCCCCCACUUGAAGCUUGAAGUUAUUUUUUGUUUAAUGAAGAUUUUCUGCCCAGGGAUUGAACAGUAUUCACACAAUUUGGCGUUCACAAGGUGAGGGUCCAGCUGUUUAAUAAUACAACUAUUACUGCAAAGGCAUUACCUUCAAAUUUGAAAUAUACGUAGAGAUAUUUCCAGACCCAAUCCCUGGCUUUUUGUGCCAAAUAUAAUAUGUCUCAUGUUUCAUUCAUGUUAAAUGCUCCUGUAGAAGCUAUUAAUAAUACAUGUCAUUGUGCGGAAAAGAUCCUAUUUAAGAUAGGAAAUUUUGUACAGUGGUGAUCUAUAGACCGCCAAUUCAGCCAUUCAAAGAUAAGUGGAGACCAAAUUGAACUGUAGCAGAAAGCAUGAUUAAUGACGCUAUAAGUCUGAUCGUGGAAUCAGAUUAGCCAAACCCCGGCCAACAGCGCCGCUCCCCCCACCCUUCCCGACUCAUCAGUCAUUGUUUACAUCCAGCGUGAUAUACUUGAAAUGCACCGAGCGUACGAGAUAUUAUGAACACCUGCUGCUCCUGUGAAGAUUAAGUUAGAUGAAGGCUUUGAUGCCUUAUUGAUUUUCUCCAAUAAAUCCACUUUCAACGUAACCUGGAAUUUAAACGUAGGAAACAAGCUCACCCUGGAGACAUUUCAGCUGUGGGUGCUGUAAAAGAGUCCAUACCAUAAAGCUCAGUAUAAAAUAGGUGUUCCUAAUAUUUUGUCCACAGAGUGGAUAUAUGAUUAAUGUUACAUGUAUUUGGAUCAGCAGUUGGUCCUUGUAAAGUUAAUUCAUUAAACAUCUGUCUGUUGCUUCGCAGCGCUAUUUUCCAUCUUUCAGCAUACAAUUCAAAAGUUUUCAUUUUGCGUCCAUAUGUACAUUUGACCUGGCUGCUUGUUGUCUCCUUGCUGCUGUAUUUAUAGAGUGCCAUAUCUAAACUUUCAAAUGAUUAUCAUGAUGAAAAAUUCCGCCUGAGGCGUCGCGUUAAUUCAGGGUUUUCAGUUUUGAUUGUUUGUAUUUCGCUACAUUGCAAUGCUGAAAGAUGAACCUGCUUGAGGCAGUUUCGUCGCUCCAUAUAAAAGUCACCACGACUGUCUAUCAGUGUCACUGCAGCGCUGCUCUUUUUUCUUCUUUUUUUACCAUUCCAGUAUCAGUGGGGUUAAUGUACUCCCCACAGGACCUUUAUUCAUUCUAAUCUAGAUAAAAUAAUAUAAAUAAUAAAUACAUUUCCUGUUAAGUGUUGAAAUAUGACAGAGAACUCAUCUGUUUCAUGUGUGGUUUGAUGAUGAUAAUUUAUAAAUGUGUUGUGCAAUAAGCUGUCAGACAUUUAAACUGUAAUGUUUUUUAAACUAUAUAUUAUUGUAUAAAUAUUGUACAUAAAAAACACUCCUAUUUUGCAAGCAAAAGAUUCACUUUGUACUGUUGUUAUACAUUAAAUGCGCAGCUGAUGAAAA